GGAAUCUACGCUACCGCUACUCCUAUGGAGAUUCCUGUGGAGAGCUCCGCGACUACGACUAAGACUACAACUAUGGAGAUCCUUCCUGGAAGGAGAGCUCCGCGAAGGAGUUACAGGGAAAAGGUAAAGUUUGACAGAGUUGAUCUGUGUUGAUUUUUGGUUGUCCUUUCUCUCUCCUUGCUCCACUGCUUUUAUUCGAAAAACUGCUU